CCCGAUUAAGUUGAAACCAUAUGAGGAUGGAUAAGGCUCCUCCCUCAUCCUCCGCUAGCAGAAUUAGCUGAAAGAGGGAAACACACAGUAACAAUGGCAGCGAUAUCAGUAUUAUCGACCCCAUGGGUUUCCACCGGAGCCAUUGCCGUCCGCGUUCCUUCAGCCUCUCUUGUAUUCUCCACUGGUUCUAGAGGUUACUGCUCCGUAUCUCUGAACACCGUCAACAACAAUUCUGCCCGUUCUGGACUGCUCCAUUGUUCAUUUCUUCCAUCUUCCUCCCUCUCCUGCUCUUCAUCUUUCUCAGGUUUAUCUUUGGGUUUGGAUUGGAGCUCUAAGGUUGGGGUCGGACAAGGGAAGGGUCGGGGCUUAGUGGUCAGGGCUGGCAAGGCUGCACUAUGUCAGACUAAAAGAAACAGGUCGCGAAAAUCCUUAGCUCGGACUCAUGGGUUUCGCAGACGAAUGAGAACCACCAAUGGUAGAGCUGUUCUCAAACGCAGACGUGCCAAGGGUAGGAAGGUCCUGUGCACAAAAUCCAACCCCAGCAGUGGAAAGCGUGCUUAAGUUUUUAUCGCUUUAACCAUUUGUAGGUUAAUUAGGCGAUGUUGUCUAAUUCACUCUUCCAAUGACCGGUCAAGGUAGCUCACUAUAUUACAUGAUGCUUUGUUAUUGAUUCAUUUGAAAGUUUCUUAAUUGUCAAUGUUAAAUUCAAAUGUCUUGACGGAACAAGCUUAUGUGAUUGAUGCGUUCGUAUUCUUUUGAAAAUCUCCUCUGAUCUGAAAUAUGUACAUCUUCUUAAAACCUGAGGUUUGUAUUUGUUGUUACUAACCUAAUACUAGGCCUUCUCGUCAUUCAUUUUUAGGCCUGAAA